UGCGAUUAAAAUCUUGUUUACGUCACUUCAAAAUUGCAAUCUUGAGGAUGCGACAAACAGUUCGUCGAGCUCCUCCGUUAACUUUUACUAAUAGUGACUUUUUAAACAAUUUCUCCGCAUAGAAGAAUAUGCCGUUAGAUCAACAAUUGACUGCAGAUGUGUAGUAAAAGUUAAAGGGACCGCAUUGAGUGUGUCACAGAAACACUGAUCGAUCUACAUUGAGAAUCUGUUGAUUGUGAGUGAUGGGUGCUCAUAGGAGUGAGGGACGCAGAGAUUGGCUGCAGCAGGAUGUCACUGAGCAGCAGAAUCCCUGGAACGUUAUGAUCAAACACAGACAGGUGCAUCGCAGGGGACGCCGCUCACAGAUGACUGUCAGUUACACAGAUCCUGUCAUAUCCAUGGAUCUUUUGCGGACGGUACUGCAGCCCAGCUUCAAUGAAGACAUCCUUGCUGUGUUCAGAAAAUAUAUGAAGUUUUUUGAGAAGGCAGCCAGUAACGUGAAAGAGAACGUUGGCGGGGACGUCCAGCCAGAUCAGCUGAUCAGAGACGCUUGCCGAAACUGCCUGGAACAUGCAAAGCUGCUUUUUCCUGACACAGAGAAAACUGCUCCGAAACCAAGUAGUAUUGACCCCACAGUGAAGCGUUCACGACAGCCGGACGACAACACUGGCCAGAGAGACAGUCCCAUCCCCAAAAAGAGAAAGGGUCGCCCCCCUGCGCAAGUCGUAUCGUAUGACAGGGUGGUCCAGUACAACACUCCAGCUAAAACUAAAGCAUCAGAGCCAAUAAAGCGAGACGGACCCAAGUGGGACCCAUUUAGGUUGACAGAGAAGAGCACAUUUGUUCUAGGAUCCAGGGCAAAUAAGGCUUUGGGAAUGGGCGGUACAAGAGGAAGAAUCUACAUUAAACAUUCAGAGCUCUUCAAGUAUGCAGCUGAUGCUCAGGACAAACACUGGCUUUCAGAGAGACAACACAUGAGAGCAACAGGCGGAAAGAUGGCUUAUCUGCUUAUAGAGGAAGACAUUCUUGAUCUUGCCCAAAGUGAAGACUACAAGGACUCUCCUGAAUUGAAGCUGGAUGAACUGAAACCAUUUGAAGUGCCCAUAUGGAUGGUGGAGAAGAUGCAGAAGGCAAUGGAUGCUCAGAAAUCAGAAAAUGACCUCGCCGUUUGAUGCCGACCUCGUCAGGCAAGUCAUUGGACAGCGGACUCUUGAGUGUUAUCUACUUAAAAUAAUUGUGACUUUUUGUUUUGUUUGUUUUACACGCUGAAUGGGAUCUUCACAAUAGACUUAAGCAGCGUUUAUGGUGAAAUUGCCCAGAAAUUUUACUUGAAUUUUCACAAUUCACAUUAACUGGUAUUCAUCACAAAGUGGGUAAAAAUAUAUUAAUUCCGAUUUUCUCUGUCAAACGAAAGUGGUUUUUGUUUUUUUUCAUGGAUUUAAAAGACUUACAAAUCUACUGAGGCACAAAUAGAGCCUGAAUGACUUUUUGAAUGCUGUGGAUUUUAGACAAUUUUUUUACGAUUCGUUUUUUUUCUUUACAAUUUGUCAUGAUGUUGUUUCUUUCUUGCUUUUUAAGUGCAUAUGAUACCGUGUAGCUAGAAUGACUUGUAUCGCAAAAUAUGAAUUUUGUUUGUCAUGCUUUAAAAAGGGAAUUUAUUUAGUCAUUUAUAUUUUUCUCUCAUUUCUUUUUAAAAGAUAUAUUGCUUAAUGUCUUACAAAACGAUAAAGCUACUUCCUCUAUCAGCAGAAUUAUAUUUGUAGAAAGUAUACUUAUGUGAAAGUAUGGACACUGGGUGAAACUUUUACUCAAAGUCCCAAGGAUCUAGCCAAAAACAUACUUGAGUGAAAGUCAAAAAGUAUUCAUAUUAAAUUAUUAAAAAAAGUAACUUUUAUCUAGAAUGAAAUCAAAAUAGGAGAUUUUGUUAAAUUCGAUUGGUUUGUGAAGUUGCCUUUUUACUGUCGUUGACGACUGUCAUAUUUCUCCCCCAUUGGCAUUUGCAACCUUGUCAAAGAAUAAUCUUACAAUAACUACAUUUUUGCUAAAUUAUUUUUACGUGACCUGCUGUACGUAUCGCGAAAGUGUCCAGGUGUAGAUUAUCAGUUCAUAAACGCUGACCUUUCGCUUUGUUCCUCACACAAUGCUAUCUUAUGACAUCUAAACAAUUUUACUAUAGCGCAUGACUCAUUUUAACAUUUGUAUUACAUAACCAGUUACAUUUACAAGCUUGUUCAAGUGUGGUCAAAUUCACACCUCCACAGCGUCUCCACACACGCUAUGUCUCCAUGGCAGCGCGCUCAGCAAGCCACGUGAUAAGAUGCGCAGGUUGACGUCAAAGACGCGGAGGCAGCUGAGAUUCGGUCGGUCUACUCGCACAAAUAUUUCAAUGUAUCCGAAGCUCAAAUCAGAUCCGAAAUUCCACCUCUGCAGAUGGCCGCUACUCCACACAGCCACUGUGCGACACUCCAUUUGAAAUAUGUCGUUUGUUGGAUGCAGUGAAAAGGCGACUUCAAUCCAGUGAGACAAAGGAAAUCAUCUGCAAAAACUUUUAUGAGUACAUUUCAAGUUUAAAUAAAAAUACAAGGAGUAAAAUGUACUUGUUUUCUUCAGAAAUGUAAUUAAUUAAAGGUACAAGUAUUCCAUUUAAAUUGCACUCGAGUAAAGUACAAAUCCUCAAAAAUAAUACUUAAGUAUUUUUACUCAAUUACUUUACAUACCUGAUAGUAUACAUCUUUUAAGAUGUUUUAAAAAAAUAUGAUCAUUUUUACAUGGACUCAUUUUAUAGCUUGUUAAAAGUAAAGGGGAUUGAAGAGAAAUAUUAAAAAUAUAUUUUCUAAAUGAAUUGUAUUGUAUUGUUGUUAACCUGACUUACUGUUUGAUAUAUCAUUGAA